AUGGUCAAGUUUUAUCAGAAUGGCUUUUCCUAUGAUUACACAUGGCAUGCCGUCACCCUUGCCUAUUUCCUCAGAUAUCCAAAUCCAUACUCCACUCAUGUAAUUUCUUCCGACGUAAUCUCCCGGCAUAUCGAUGAAGCCGGCAUUCUUCACACUGUCCGAAUACACCAUAAACGCGGAAAGCUCCCAGCCGCACUCACUCGAUUAUUACCUACUGUUUCCGACUCUUAUAUCCUAGAAACAUCACGAGUAAAUCCACAUACAAUGGUUAUGGAAACCGAAACGCGAAACCUGGAUCAUACGUCUAUAUUAAGUGUGGUUGAGCAUCAAGUUUAUACCCCGGCUGCCGAAGGAUCUGGGACCAAUGUUCAAACGACAGUUAGAUUCGACAGCAGAUUUGGGGGUAGAAGACAGCAAGCUCAACAAGUUGUCGAAGGGGAGGCACAGGAAGCUCAACCACAGCCAGAGAAGAGGAGGCUGUUCAACUUUGGGUUCGGGUGGGGUAAAGAGGGGGUGCAGAGGUCAAUUGAGAGUCUUGGCGCGAGAAGAAUGACGGAGCAUGUAGGUAGUAGCACUAAGGGCAUGCAGUUGGUGCUAACCAGGCUACGUAAUAUCGGGUUAAUCGGAACAAGAGGAGUUGAGAGGGUCAAUGAGGAUUGGAAAUCCGUCUGGAGAAGGGUUAGGGAGGAGAUACCGAAAGCGGAUGGUCUCGAUGCCGGAAUGGGAGUCUAG